AUGUCAGCAGUGGAAGAGAUACGCAGCCGCAAGCUGCAGCCAAUCUACAACGCUCUCGAGAGCGGAAAUUGGCGUCAGGCGGUCCGGCUCUGCGAGAAGAGGGACGUGGAGAGAUGGCUGACAACCAAGGCCUUGAAGGCGAACGGGCUGUGGAGGCUGGGGAAAUACGACGAGGCGCUUGAGCUCUGUCUCCAUGUGCAGGGAGCGAGCCCUACAGACGAAGACACUCUUGCGGCGAUGACGUACAACUACCGGAUGAUGAACCGCAGGGAGCAGGUGGCCCCUUUGUUCGAGGUGGCCGUCGCCGCGAAACCGCGGGACCCCGCCCUGAUCAAGGAGCUCUUCAUGUGCUACGUCAAGGCGAAGCAGUACCUGAAAGCACAACAGACGGCAACCAAGCUACACAAGGUGGACCCUCAGGGAGGGAAGUUCAUCAUCUGGGCAGCGGCGACGAUGCUGAUCCAGGCCGAGCGGAAGGACAGCUCCGCCGGGGUGAUGACGCUUCCCCUAGCCGAGAAGAUGACCGUCAAGGUCUUGCAGGAGAAUGCGGCGAACGGGUUGCGGCCUGUGGGCGAGGAGCUGCGGCUUUGCCUCGAUAUUCUCAACCUCCAGGGGAAACACAGGGAAGCCCUCGAGGCCCUGGAGCGGUUUGAGCCCGCCACGGGCGGGGAGGCUUCCGGCGGCGCCACAGUCUCUGCCGCGGACGAGAGUAGGGGCACGAUAGAGGACGAGUCCAGCCUGGAGAACGGGACCAUUGUCAACAUGCAGGAGGCGGAGCGCCUGGAGCUAAAGGCGGAGCUCUACGAGAAGCUGGGGGGAGCCGGCGACCUGGCGCGCGCGGAGGAGGUGGUUCAAGGGCUAAUCAGGCGUUCGCCCGACCAGUGGAGCUACUACGUGACCCUCCUCAACCUGUUGGACAAGCGACACGGUCUCAGCGAGGCGGUCGCUGGUGCGGAGGCGGGGGGAAUAACAAGGCCGGAGUGGCCGGCGUCGCUAUCGGCAGCCCUUGAGCUCAUUCGCAGCCUGCAGCAGGAGUAUCCCAAGUGGAGAGGUCCCUUCCUAGCGGAGAUGGAGGUGUUCAGGAGAGCAAUUGCCUGGUUCGGCUCCGGGUACACGCCCCCGGCUGCCCAGGAGGUGGACGGCACCGCGCCUGCGUCGGAACCACCACCCUCACCACCGCCAACAUCGUCAGGGGACGAGAUGCAGCAGACGCCGCCGCCGCUAGUGCUGUGGGGGUUACUCUGCCGGUGUAUCUCGAGAUACAUGGCCGUCUUUUCGGCCAAGCUUUGCUGCUUCCAGGACUUGCGGCCCCACCUCACCCUCUUCGCUAUAGGCAUGGGCGAGGGCGAGUCCUCGGGUGGGAUAGAGGAGGGCCUAGCGUGGCUUAGAGACUUCUUUAGGAGAGAAGCGGCGGAAUCGAGAGCGGAAGAAGGCGCAACCGCCGGCGACGCCGAGCGAGAACAAGCCCCGCUCGAUCAAGCGCAACGAGAGAUCGGCGUCAAGAGGUGUGUGGUUGCCGUGUGGCAUCUGGAUUUUGGCAUGCGGGGCUGA